ACUAUUCGGUUCCAAAAGAUAUAGCUCGAGCAAAUAUUCUUUACAAAGAAGCUGCCGAUGCACAAUAUUGGUAUGCUUGUUCAUUAUAUCAAAAGGAUAACCACGAAUAUAAUGAAUUUUUGCAAUGUGGUGUUAAUAAAGAUAAGCAAUCUGGGUUGAAAUAUUUGAGAUCUGCGGCAUUAAGAGAUAAUAAGCAAGCAAUCGAUUUGUUGAAUGAAAAUGAAGAAAGAAUUAUAUCUUUUUGCGAUUAG